UAGUCUUACUUCAUCCAUUCAGUCUUCUUCUUGGGUCAAAGAUGCAGGUUGUUCGUGGUGGACAGUCACUUUGGAUAUACACUCUGCUAUUUACUUCUCUACAACUUUGUGGAAGACUGUCAGCUUCCACUUCCUCUCCCAUUCUUCCGCCACCUGAACUUAAUAUCUAUUUGAGGUCGAAGGGCUCAGUGGCUCUGGUCUGCCGGGCCCCAGAGGGCCAGCAUGGGGUCCUGUUCAUGUUGUACCGACACACGGAGAAGGUGGACUCUCAGGAGCUGAGGUCUGGUGCCGAGGAGGUCCGGUUCACUGUGAGGGUAGAGGAACUGGAUUCAGUCCAACCUGAACUCUUCUGCUGUCUGUACAAGACCCAGGAGGGUCAUUACAGUGCUUUCAGUCCCUAUUUGCAGCUCGAGCACCAAAGAGACGCUGCCCCUACUCGCUCCAUACCCUCUUUCCCUCCUCCGGUCCUGUCUGUGCAGCCCUCGUCUGGUGCAGUAAAACGUGGGGACAUGCUAUUCUUCAGGUGCACGGUCCCCUCCCUUCUGUCCCAGCCUCAGUCCCAGUCUAGCUAUAACAACAAACCAGUGACCUUCCUUUUGCUGAGGACUCCUGAGGGAACAGCCCUAACAUCCAUCGUCCCACAACCUCAGGCCAGUCAGGUAUCAAACUCUGACCCCCAGCUGGGAGUCUUCACUGUGGGCCCAGUGAGGGGAGGAGAGGAGGGCGAGUACACCUGCAUCUACCAGAUCACCAAAAAAAGGGGACUGGUUAAUUCAACUUUGAGCAACACGGUUCAAAUCACUAUUACAGACGCGUUGCCCAUGCCCACCCUCGUUCUCCAGCAGCAGACAGACGUGUGGCAUUUGCUCUGCACAGGGUCACCAGCGUACCCCGGUGCUGUGUUCUCCCUCUACCUGGCUGAUAAUGAACUUCCCGUCACCACUCACCAUGCCACCUUGACCCACCAUCAAGCCAUCUUCCCAGUACCCGUCCAGGACGCUCCACUGGCUUUGUACCAGUGCCAGUACAGUGUCCUCCUGGAGAGGAAAUGGGGCAACUCUGAGCGUAGCCUUCCUUUGGCUGUAAUUAAAGGAACUUCCCUUCCAUCAUCACCAGAUGCGUCUGGUGUGGACUGGCCUCUUGUACUGGGCUCUUUCUCUGCUGUGGUGCUGUUCCUCUGUUCAGUGGCACUCAUCGCUGUUGUUGCACACAGAAAAGUAAAGGCAGCAGCCGAAGAAAAGAAAAAAAGACAGGAUGCACAAUUCUGGACUCAAGUUCAUGCUCAUGACCAUGUUGUUGACCUUACACUGAGGCGUACAAGCUUCACCUCUCAGGAAUGGUCGGGUCUGGACACAACUACAGAGACAGCCUCCAGGUCCCCUUUAUGGAACCCAGUGUCCACAUUCACAACCCCGAUCCAUCCGAUGCGUUAGACGUGUUUGUUUUCUCUCUCUCUCUCUCUCUCUCUCUCUUUCUCUCUGUGUUUAUACUUUAUUUCAGUUUAUCAGUGUAGCAUCAGCUGGGGUUACACAGCAGGACAGGAAGGGCUAUUUCCUCAGUUCCUAUUUCAUGUGUAGCUGUAAAACUGUACUUUUUGACAGGACAGGAUGUUUGUUCGAUCUUACGUGUUACUUAACCAGUGACUCUAAAUACAGAUUUUAUGAUUAUUAUUCUAAAGUUCGCAUGUGUUUUGUGAGUAACUUACCUUAAGCUUUCUCUUGCACACCACAGUGUCCUUUUAGUUGCCACUCUGGAGCUUUCCAUGAUAUAACAGGAGCUUCAACAGCAGAUGCAGAACAGAUGUCAUGGAAUAACAGCUACCACACGGACUUGUGGUAGCUGUGAGAUUGUUUUGUGAAAUAUUCUACCUGUUUAAGUGUUUUUAACUGAUAUUUAAUAGUAUUUCAUAGUGCCAUUUGCAGAUUUGCAGCACAAUCCAGCACCAGCAACAUUAUGUAAAAAUGCUCAUCAUAACUCAAUAAGGAGCUUUGAACAUUACUGUUCUGCAGUUAAUGAUGAUAGUGAUGAUAAAGUUUAUUUAUAUAAUGCUACAUCAAAAUCAGAUUACAAAGUGCUUCAUAUAAACAUACAUGCUGUACCUUGUACUAGAUACAUACAACACAUACACCAACCUACAUAUGCAUAUGCAACCAAAGUACCCAGUCAAAUAAGGGCAUGAAAAUAAGUCAUAAGAUUAAUAAGAGUGAUUUGUAAAGGGAAUGCAUAUUUUGCAAAUCAAGCAGGUGCUGAGGUUCCCUAACUUGAAAAGCUUGAUCAUUUUUGGUCUUCAACACAACACUUAGUGAGACGGGCCCGCUGUAGUUUUGCUAAAUAUUCUGCAGAGGGCACCGUUUAGAUAUAAUUUGAAUGUGAAAACACACCUACUGUACAGCAUACAAAACGGGACCUUUGUUUAGUGGAACAAUGUGACUGUGACGUGCAUGAAGCCAAGCAAACCUGGUGCUUCCAAGUGAUACGACAGCCACUGAUAAGUGCUGCGGCCGACCGUGUGAUCGUGGAACAAGCGUCAGCCCUAAGGACGUUGUGUUUGAGGUCUUCUAUCUGUAUUUGUUUUGUUUUUCUCUACAUUGUAAGAGAUGUGCUGAGACUUCAGUACUGUGUGAAAGUAAAAAGGUAAACAGA